GCAUGCGAGCACGGGCGGGAGCGAUCUCAGUGCAAGGAGUGCGGGGGAGCCAGCAUCUGCAUCCAUCAGCGCAAGCGAUCUCGAUGCAAGGAGUGCGGGGGAGCCAGCAUCUGUACCCAUGGGCGGGAGCGAGCUAAGUGCAAGGAGUGCGGGGGAGCCAGCAUCUGUACCCAUGGGCGGGAGCGAGCUAAGUGCAAGGAGUGCGGGGGAGCCAGCAUCUGUGCCCAUGGGCGGAUACGAUCUACAUGCAAGGAGUGCGGGGGAGCCAGCAUCUGUACCCAUGGGCGGAGACGAUCUCAGUGCAAGGAGUGCGGGGGAGCCAGCAUCUGUGCCCAUGGGCGGGAGCGAUCUACAUGCAAGGAGUGCGGGGGAGCCAGCAUCUGCAUCCAUGGGCGGAGGCGAUCCCAGUGCAAGGAGUGCGGGGGAGCCAGCAUCUGCAUCCAUGGGCGGAGGCGAUCUACAUGCAAGGACUGC